UUGUUACUCCUCCGUGAUGCUGAGGGAAAGAGCCCGGCGCAUGCGCAGAGAAUACCUCUCACACUUCCCGGAUCGUAGCGCCUGGAUUGGUCUCGGCUCCGGCGAUAGAUACAGUGGGGAAGGAAACAGGAAGUGCGCGUUAUACUGGGGGAGCCUGGUAACGAUCUCCUGUUUCGGGGGAAAUGGAUCUUUGCCCCAGAUAAUGCUCGGUUGUGAGUGUCCCAACGCUUGAAUGAACCGAGGAGGAUGGCGGAAAACGGGAUUCACGAUCAUGAAGACGCCACGCCUACAAUGUUCUAGAUGAUUGUGCUUGCUUGGAUUGCAUUUUAUACUAGCAGAAGCCUUAUACAAGGUUUCCUGUUACGUUCUGGGCACCAAACAGUGUACGUAAAUGAACAGUGGGAGCGCAGUACCAUGGGGAACACUUGUGUAUGCAAAGAGGAUAGUGGUGUGGAGGACAAUGUAGACUCUCCAAGUCAGCACACUGAGAACCGCAUCAUACCUGUCAGCGAGGCUAGGAACCGCCCAAGAGACCCUGUAAGGCCUCCCCGCAGAGGGCGAGGUCCACAUGAGCCACGGAGGAAAAAGCCUAAUGUGGACGGCCUGGUGCUGGAUACCUUGGCUGUCAUCAGAACGCUGGUGGAUAAUGACCAGGAGCCCCCCUAUUCCAUGAUCACGCUACACGAAAUGGCUGAAACAGAUAACGGCUGGCUGGAUGUGGUGCAGUCCCUCAUUAGGGUCAUUCCAUUAGAAGAUCCCUUGGGUCCAGCUGUCAUUACAUUGUUGCUGGAUGAAUGUCCAUUGCCAACAAAGGAUGCCCUCCAGAAACUGACAGAGAAACUCAAUCUAAGUGGGACCACAGCGACCCAGGACUCCUGCCAUCCUGCCAAACACCGCAAUACAACGGCAGUGCUAGGAUGCUUGGCUGAGAAACUGGCAGGACCUGCCAGUGUGUCUUUACUGAGCCCUGGGAUUUUGGAAUAUUUGUUAGAGAGUUUGAACUACAGAUUCCAUCCCAUGGUCAUUCUGUUUGCACUUAUUGCACUGGAGAAAUUCUCACAAACAAGUGAGAAUAAAAUGACUGUUUCCGAGUCUCAGAUUAGCGACCGUCUCCUGUUGCUGGAGACCUGGACAUAUAACGGGGACUUCCUGAAGCGUCAGGUCGGCUUCUGCGCCCAGUGGAGCUUAGACAACCUGUUUUUAAAAGAAGGUAGAAAGCUGACGUAUGAGAAAGCCGACUUGACGCCAAUUAACGCCAUGCUCAAUAGUAACGAUGUGAGCGAGUACCUCAAAAUUUCUCCCUACGGAUUAGAAGCCCGCUGUGACGCUUCCUCCUUUGAGAGUGUUCGCUGCACAUUCUGCGUGGACUCCGGUGUGUGGUACUACGAAGUGACCGUCAUUACCUCCGGGGUUAUGCAGAUAGGCUGGGCGACCAAGGACAGCAAGUUCCUCAAUCAUGAAGGAUAUGGCAUCGGGGACGAUGAGUAUUCCUGUGCCUACGACGGCUGCAGGCAGCUGAUCUGGUACAACGCGAAGAGUAAAGCUCACCAACAUCCCUGCUGGAAAGAAGGUGACAUAGUUGGGUUUUUAUUGGAUCUGCACAAAAAACUAAUGAUAUUCUCACUAAAUGGGAACCAGCUUCCUCCUGAAAAGCAAGUUUUUUCUUCCGCAACGUCUGGCUUUUUUGCUGCAGCAAGUUUCAUGUCUUACCAGCAGUGUGAGUUUAAUUUCGGAGCCAAGCCCUUUAAAUAUCCUCCUGCAAGCAAAUUUAGCACUUUUAAUGAGUAUGCAGUUUUGGCACCUGAAGAGAAGGUUAUAUUGCCAAGGCACAGACGCUUAGCAUUGCUGAAACAAGUUAGCAUUCGAGAGAACUGUUGUACACUUUGCUGUGAUGAGGUAGCAGACACCGAGCUGAAGCCUUGCGGGCACAGUGACCUGUGCAUGGACUGUGCGCUACAGCUGGAAACCUGUCCGCUCUGUCGGCAGGAAAUAAAGACUCGUGUCCGCCAAAUUUCUCACAUCUCUUGACCUCUGUGGAACAGACGCAGACCAUUUUCUUUUUUAAUGAAAGAGACAAAGCAUAAAGGCAAACCAUUGUGAGACUUCCGUAUCUUCUUCAGCUGGCAGAAGUGGCCAUAGCAGUGGGUGAAUGAGACGGAACCCAGUCUGUCAUCCAGAGAUCGGUCGGAAUGCAACAUCUUAUUACGUGUGAAAUGCUGAGAUGAGGAUUUACAAUCUAGUUUAGGUCACGUUUUUACAAUGAAGGAUUUUGGUCGUCCCUUAGGGUACUUGCAAAAAUGGGGUGUCACAUACAUAGACGUUCCUAUACACUUUGGCAGUAAAUCGUUUUGCAUAACCACACCCACUGUGGGUGUGGCUGCAGUAAAGUUAUCCGGCCACCCGAAAUGCCAUUUCGCCAUUGUUUUGCAACAUUUUAGUUUUGGAAAAGGGUUUGCACUAUCGUUAUGCAUCAAUGUAUUUGCAAAGACUGUAACUAAUUGUACCAUACUGCAAAGUGUCUAUUUUUGCCAGACAAAAUACAGUAUUUGACCAAUGUUUUUCUAUUCCUGUGGCCUUCUGCUGGUCAGUCGUUUUUUCCUGGAUUACGAGUAAUUGUCACAAGGAAAUCAACUUUAGGGCUUAAUUUAUAAUGAUUCCAAAGAACAUUUGGUUAAAUUGCAGGAUGAAUGCAAUACGCAGCUGUAAAUCUCCACUUUUUUUUGUUUCUUUUUGUAAAUUGUGCACAGUAAUGGUUCAUAGAAUUGGAAAGUCUUUUACUAUGUUUAUAAUUUCAUAUAAUCGGGUAAGGCCUCUGAAAUUGUGACCAAUUCUAGCAGGGAUCAGCAGCUUUUGAUGUGGCAGGUGCAGCCGCACUACAUUUCCCAUGAUGCUCCAGGAGCAGAGCAAAGAAAAGCCGUAGAUACAACACACCUAGAGGCAUAACGUUUCUCUGUCUUUAAACUGUUCAUAAAACAAGCAAACAUUGUAUAGGUGAAUGUCUGUAAAUGGAGAAAUACCGGAUUUUAAUAAUGUUGUAAUCACGUACAUGUUGUACCAGAGCUGUUAAGUUAAUAUAAGUGGAAGAAUGUCAAGUAAAGAUUUUUAAAAACA